GCUCGUCUUCCAGUCCAGCUGCUCAGCUACCUGAACGGCAUGGUCGCCCCCGGCGCCCUCUCCUCCGUCCGCUGGAACUGGAACUGGAACUGGAAGCAAGCGCCACUCAGCAGGUCAGCUCUCGUCCGUUCUGCCCGCGCCCUGCAGGUGCUUGCGUUUAUUCCCACCAGCACCAGGUUCAUUCCACCGCUGCGACCUACCUAGCUAGCUCGAUUGAUUACCAUGGUCACCAACCAACCACUCAGACUCAGUUGCCGACCGCGUGCACGCACGCUUGUUUGCUUCUCUGGAAUUGCAGCUGUCUCUUUCAUCCUAUUGUCUGUCUUUCUCCCUCGAUCGGCGUGUCCCCAGAAAUUAAGUAAGUAAUGGCCGCCAUACAUCAAGAGGAGAGCUUGAGCCUUGUGAGAGCCAAUUCAAGUAUAUGAUCAACCCGAGCCUAGCUUUGUAACGCUCAGCUUACCAAGCUCAUUCACAUGGCAUGUCCAUGUCCUUGUGCCGACCAGCGCCUUGAAGGCCGCAACGUCACCAGCGCCAGACCCGCAGCCUAGCCUUGUCUUUACCCUUGGAUUUGCUUCACGGGAUGGGAUGCGAUUAGUUUGGUUGAUCACAUCCGGUGGGAGCAAUGCUAUCUUUGGCUCGAGCAGAUUACUCGCCCGUCGGACCUGAACUUGAUCACUCCUUCAGGAGCACCACAACUGAGGCUCCUUCAGUUCACUAGCACUAGUAUAACAGUAAAAGACCUCGAUGCUGAAGGAGGGGUCAUUUGCUUGCUUGUCAAGCAGCCAAACCAAUUGCGAUCCUGGUCUCUCUUGAUCCCGCCCUCUCUCGUAUCAACUCCAGGCAUUGCUGCACAGGUCGAAUGUAUUCCUCUUAAGAAGACCACCGAGCCUCUCCCCAAUACGUACAGACAGAGUAUAUUCUGGAACGACAGGAGUAGCUUUUAGUAUUGGUUAUUACUCCCUCCGUAAAGAAAUAUAAGAGCGUUUACAACACUAAAAUAGUGACCUAAACCCUCUUAUAUUUCUUUACAGAGGUAGUACUAGUUUAUUUGUAGCUCUCCAUUUUUUGAAUCUGUGUGACAAGUGGAGCAAGUAGCCUGAUUAUUACUACUGAAGAACUACUUUUGGCUUUGUGCAGCUGCUUAGUUCUUUCACCUCACACUUGUGCUCUGCAAGCAAAGCAAAUGUACCACGUUGGCUUUGUUUAAUCACUGAUUAAUUAACACUCGCUUACCAAGCUCAUUCACAUGGCUUGUCCUUGUGCCAGCCAGCGCCUUGAAGACCGCAACACCACUGAGUGACGCGAGACCCGCAGCCUAGUCUUGUUUUUACUCUUGGAUGCAUGCUUUGCUUGGGCAGCGAUUAGUUUAGUUGAUGACUUGUACCUGCUGAUCAUCAAUACAGAUUGAGAGACAUCAUAUCGUGGUAAGUAAAGUAAGCAGCUGUUCUUGAGAUGCGCAUACCAUACACAACUCUCUUUAUUAUAUGCGCCAACGUCUACAUAUCGCCAAAUAACUUGCAGCUUUUACUAAGUACUACUCCCUCCGUCCGGAAAUACUCGUCGAAGGAAUGGAUGUAUCUAGAUGUAUUUUAGUUCUAGAUACAUUUAUUUUUAUGCAUUUCUCCGACAAGUAUUUCCGGACGGAGGGAGUACACAUGUUGACAGAGCAAUUGCUUACCAAAGCCUUGGCUUAACUCAUCAAUAGUUCAGAUGACAUUUUCAUAUUUUGCGAAUCGUAUGUCGUAAUGAUUAUAGCACUGGAAACUUCAUUCAAAUACAAAUUUGAUGGCAUGUUUUUUUGUGUGCCGGAUACAAAUUCUGUUGGCCAAACUGAUUUUUGAAUCUCAAAAUACGCAGAAGCCAGUAGACUAGAAGGAGAGGGAGUAGGUUUUUUGUACUUGCGGAUGACAGCCCCUCGUAUAUCUUAUUAAGUGCGUGUGACAAGUGCAGCUUGUCCAGUAAUACUAGUUAAUUAGUACUAGAUCAGAUCUGUCCGAGUGCUAAACACUCACUAACUCACUCUCUCUUUCUCACUGCCGCUCUCCGCCGCUUGCUCUCUUCUCCCUGCCUCCCCCCGUCGCCUCGUCCUCUCCCUCAUCGCCUCGCCCUCUCCCCCGUCGCCACGGCGACGGCAGCUCCCGGAUCUGGACCAGCCGCACCGCACUGCUGCCGCAGAUCACCAGCUAGCUAGGCCUCCCUGUCAGUCGGCCCCCAUCACCGGCAGACCAGUACCUCGUGCGCGCGAGUCAGCGUCGUACAUCCUUGCAUCUGAUGGGAAUGUACGCGGCGCUCCGUGCGGCGCAAUGGGUGGUGGGCAAGGCACUAGCCCCCGUUGCCAAUGGCAUGCUAGGGGCUUGGGCAGCCACCAAGAACUUUGGUCCCAACGUCGAUGCCCUCAGCACGGAGUUGCUGCUCGUGAAGGCCACGCUUGAGCAAGCUGCCUACAAGGAGCUUGGAGGCCCGGCAAUGGAGAUGCUGCUGCAGAAGCUGCAGGACUCAGCGCAGAAUGCUGAAGACUUGUUGGAUGAGCUGGACUACUUUCGCAUCCACGAUGAGCUCCAUGGCACACACGAUGCUGCCGACCAGCACGGCGAAGGUGGCGUGCACAACCUCGCCCUCAAUGCUCGGCACACCGCCAAAGCUGUUGGCAAACUGGUCAACUGUUGCCCUUGGCAGCGUUCUAAGCGCCGACAGAGCUCACACGACGAUUCCUCCUCAGCGCAAGAUGCCAAUCAGGUGGUCAGGGGAUGCAUGCCCAAGCUCGGUAAACUCCUACCUUGCACAUUUUCCCCACAUUCACAUGUUCAUGGUGAUGAUGACGAUCAUGGCAAUGGGCAAGAAACACCAAAACUUGAGUUUAAUAGGGUUGAUUUCUCUCAAAGGAUGAAGGAUACUGUAGGGAAACUGCAGCUUAUGCGUAAUGAGAUUAACAAGAUUUUGCAGGGUUGUAGCCUUAGAACUGUCUCAAAUAUAGCCCAGAGCCGUCCCAUCACCAAAGGUCGAAUUGAUGAGCCAAAAUUGUACGGGAGGGACCGUGUCAUGAAUAGCACCAUACAUGAUAUCACCAAUGGUCAGUACUGUGGCAAGGGGCUAACUGUGCUUCCGGUUGUUGGUCCAGGGGGAGUGGGGAAGACAACUCUGAUACAACACAUAUAUGACAACCAACAAGUGCAGGAUCAUUUUCCAGUCAUGAUUUGGAUAUUUGUGUCCCUCGAUUUCAAUCUGGACAAGGUGCUAGAACAGAUUAAAAGAUCUACCCCUCAAGUUAGAAGUGAAAAAAAGUGCAGUACAACAGAAGAGUUGAUUGAAGAGAGAUUAAAAUCUAAAAGGUUCUUACUUGUCUUGGACGAUAUAUGGCGGAUUAGUAAUGGGGAUGACUGGGGGAAAUUAUUGUCAACACUCAAUCAAUCACAAGAAAAGGGUUGUAUCAUUCUAAUCACAACUCGGUUUCAAUCAAUAGCACAGAAUGUUAAAACAACUGCCGAGUCAAUAGAACUGGGUGGUUUAGAAUCUAAAGAGUUUAGGAAGUUAUUCCUUGCAUUUGUCUUUGGCAGUGAGCAAUGUGGAAAGGAUAAACAUUUUUUGCUUGAGACUGGAGAUAAGAUAAUGGAAAAACUAAAGGGAUCCCCUCUUGCAGCAAAGACCGUUGGUAGAUUAUUGAGUAAAGAUCUUAGUUUGUGUCAUUGGAAAAGGGUCCUAAAAAGCAAAGAAUGGGAGAAGCAGACCGAUGGCAAUGGAAUUAUGCCUGCCUUGAAGCUUAGCUAUGACUUUCUCCCUUUCCAUCUGCAACAAUGUUUUUUCUAUUCUGCAUUGUUUCCUGAAGAUUACCAUUUCAGAAGCCGUGAGCUCAUCAAUCUGUGGAUCGGACUAGAUAUUUUGAUACCUGGUGGUCAAAACCAAACAUGUGAAGAUAUAGGUUUGAGCAAUCUAAAUGCUUUAGUCAUCCAUGGAUUUUUUAGAGAAGAGGAAACUUCUGCUGGUCCGCGUUAUGUUAUGCAUGACCUACUGCAUGAUUUGGCAUUGAAGGUUGCAUCACAUGAUUGUCUUAGUUUACAUCUCCCUAAUGAUGGAUCAGUAGAAGUUCAGCCAUCAAUCCGUCACUUGUCUAUAAGCACAGAGGACUUAGUGAAAUAUGAUGCAGUGUCCAGUGAAAAGUUAAGGAGUGAAUUGGAAGAAAUAAAGACAAGAUUGAAGGUUGAACAUUUGCAUACACUGAUGUUAUUUGGAAAAAUGGAUGAAAGUUUUGCUGAGAUAUUUGGUGAUUUCUUUGGGGAAGCAAACGCUCUUCGUGUUCUUUAUUUGCCCAACAUGAUGUAUCCUGUGCAGUCCAUGUUACAUAACUUUUCAGGACUUGUCCACCUACGAUGCCUAUGUCUAGGGACAAGGGUGAGACAGAUGCAUUUACCAAUUAGCAUCUCCAAAUUCUACCAUUUAAGGAUUCUAGACCUUGUGUCAUGGGAAGGGAGUCGUGAUUUGCCUGAAGACAUGAGCAACCUUGCAAAGUUGUGCCAUAUUCAUAUUCGUUUUCAUCAGCGUCAUUCUGAUAUUUGUAAUGUGGGGAAAUUUAAACUCUUGGAAGAGUUAAAUGUAUUUCGAGUCCAUGAAGAAAGUAAAGGAUUUGAACCAAGUCAACUAGAGCAUUUGACCAAGCUAAGGGAGCUUGGCAUCUACAACCUUGAGAAAAUACAUACAAUAGAAGAAGCAGCUGAAGCAAAACUGAUAGAGAAAAACUACUUGAAGAGGUUAGCAUUGGUUUGGGAUAGUGGGCGCUCUAGUGUUGAGCCUGUUAUGGAAGCAUUGGUUCUUGAGAGCCUUCAACCCCAUGAAGAUAUCCAAGUGUUGUGCAUUAGAGGGCACAGAGGCCCUUCUUGUCCAACAUGGCUGGGUGAUGAGUUUGCUGUUGAAGGUCUACAAUCUCUUUAUCUUUAUGGUGUUUCUUGGGAAAUUUUCCCUUCUUUAGGGAAGGCGUGGGAUCUUCAUGAACUAAGGUUGGUGGAUAUUGCCAGACCGAAGGUGUUUGUUAUAGAGAAAAGCUUUUGCAUGCUAAUAAAGCUUGAACUCAUUGGCCUAGCAAGUUUUGAGAAAUGGGUUCUCCCAGCUGAACAUGCUCAUAUGUUCCCUCUUUUGCAACGGUUGACUAUAAGAAAGUGCCCGAGAUUAUUGGGGUUGCCUUUUUCAAACCACAUUGUUUCCCCAUAUUGGUUUCCCAAACUACAACAUGUUGAUAUACAGGACUGUCCAGAAUUCUCGUCAGUGAUUCCCAUCUCCUGGGUUGAAAGGAUUGAAAGUCUGCGUCUUGUCACGAUUAGAAGCGUCAAGCUACUAAAGUGGUUUCAAUACUCAAAAUCAGCCGAUGGAGUAAAAUUGGCAAUUUUUGGAAAAUGUGAUCUAUAUAGCUUAGAUCAAGUGUUAGUUUUUUAUAAGGAGGCAGGCCUUGAGAAGCUAGCACUCAAGAGGUGCCCACCUCUAGAAUUGAAGCACCUUCUGAUGCUAACCUCGUUGAAGACAUUGUUUGUAGAAGAAUCAGAUGGUCUGGUUGGACCACUAGGUGGCCAGGGUGAUGUGGAAUGGCAGCUCCCUGUUGAGCAUAUCAAGAUCGAGCGCUUAAACGGUAAUAGUGGGAAGGAAUUGACAGAGCUCCUCCCCCAUCUCCCAAGGCUCUCCAAAUUGGAAAUAAAGUUUUGUGGCAACAUAAAACAGCCAGUGCUGCUACAAACAACAGUGAUGGAGAAAGAUGAAAUAACAGCAGCAGAACAGGAAGAGGAUAAUGGGGUGGAUGUGCAACAAACAACAUCAGAAGCAUCAAAGAUGGGAGGAGGUGAAAUAACAGCAGCAACAGAGGAAGAGGAUGAGGAAGAUGAAUUGACGACAUCAGAAGCGGAAGCGGAAGAGGAAGAGGAAGAUGAAUUGACGGCAUCGGGAGAGGAAGAGGAUGAGGAAGAUGAAUUGAAGUCAUCAGAAGAGGAAGAGGAUGAGGAAGAUGAAUUGACGGCAUCAGAAGAGAAAGAGGAUGAGGAAGAUUAUUUGACGGCAUCAGAAGAGAAAGAGGAUGAGGAAGAUUAUUUGACGGCAUCAGAAGAGAAAGAGGAUGAGGAAGAUGAAUUGACCUCAUCAGAAGAGGAAGAGGGUGAGGAAGAUGAAGGAAUGGAGGAAUGUGGAAUAACAACAGCAGAAGAGGAACAUGAUGAGGAAGAUGAAAUAACAACAUCAGCAGCAUCAAAGAUGGAGGAAGAUGAAAUAACAACAGCAGCAGAGGAAGGGGAUGAUGGGGUGCUGCUCUUCCCAGCUCAUCUCUUUGACUCACUACAGGAGUUGGUCAUCUAUGAUUGCCCAGAGAUGGUCCUGAUGAACCCACCAACUCUUGUUCCUGGAGGAGGAUGGUUCCAAGCCUUGAGAUCUCUCCAGAGAUUAAGUAUACAGCUCUCCCCAAAGUUUCUGUCUGCCUUCUCGUUUUCCCGUCACCUUUUCCCUUCCUCCCUGCAGUUUGUGGCGCUUUGGGGUGUGGAAGACAUGGGGACACUGGAGCCCCUCUCAAACCUCUCCUUUCUUACCAGAUUGGAAUUGAUUGGUUGCGGAAAAGAUCUGAAAUGUCAGGGCUUGCGCUCUCUCCUUACCACCAGGGGCCAGCUCGACGAAUUAAGAGUCUUUGGCAGCACUAUGUUCUUUGCUGGUUGGGAUCCCAAUCCUAGGCGGUCUUUGGGGGGUGUCGAGGGAGAAGAAGAGCAGCAGACACAACUUGUUUCAUCCACACUGCAGAAGCUCAGCACUGAUGACGCAGCGGGACUCCUUGCUGCACCCAUCUGCAGCUUCCUCUCUUCCUCCCUCACCAAGCUGGAACUUCAUGGGGAUGGGUCUGAAGGGAUGAAGUGCUUCAGCAAGGAGCAGGAGGAUGCCCUUCAGCUCCUCUCCUCCCUCCAGCUACUUAAGUUUCAUGGUUUCAACGACCUUCAACAACUCCCCGCAGGGCUGCGCAACAUUACCAGCCUCAAGAUAUUAUCAAUCGAAUUCUGUCGAGCCAUCUCAUCGUUGCCCAAGGAUGGCCUCCCUGAUUCACUCCAAGAGCUACAUGUCAAAUACAGCUGCCUGAAGCUAACACUGCAGUGCAGGGGGUUAGAGGGAAUCAUCCCAGAAAUCGAUAUACGCUGAUCGAAGUAACUGUGCAGGGCAAUGCCUUGGAGUUCCCUUGUACAUUCUCCCAGCCUUGUAGAGCUCUUCCCUUUCCAUACGUACACACUUUGGUCUUGUGGCAGCCGUAUUCCUUCCUGUACAUAAAUCUGGUAAGCACACUAAAUGGGAACUUGACUCCUGCUGUAUCGUAUCAAUUAU